AUUCGAUGUCGUGCAAGACUCAUGAGCUUUUGCCUCCUAACCAGUCCGUGUAUUUGGGUCUUCAACAUAGCCAAAGACUUGUCGCAUUUGUGUCUUUGGCAAAUCAAAUCUGCAAUUGAGAACUGAUAUAAGCUUCUCGAAGCAUGUGUAGUGUGAAAUCGUCUGUCCAUCCGGGAAAGAACUUUAAUCUCACGAGAAAACUUUACAACAUAGUCGAAAAGUCUAUUUGAUGUUAUUAGGGAGCAUAGGGCAUGCUGGAGCGCACUGCAGGAUGUCUAGAAUCAGGCAGUCUGCGGCGCCUGUUGCCAGCGUCAAGGAAGUCUUUGAAGAGUUGUCGCACACUUCACUCCGGCUUCUGGGCGCACGGCGGAGGUGACCUUGAGCUUUCUCCAUUCUGGGCUGCUCUUGUUCAAGCUACAACUCCAGCUCCCGCCGAGCAAGAGGAGGUGCCGUCUACCUCCAGAAGUCUAACGGGGCAUACGGGGAUACUUCUAGAUUUCCUAUAUCCUGCCGGGACUCUCAACUUUCUGCGGCAAUACUCAAACUGGAGUCUGGAUCGGCAAGAUGGGCGAUGGGCGAGGUAUGGAGGGGCGAGGAUCAGUCAACGUCAAUACACUUCUUCAGCAAAAGAUAACAUGCCAGAUACAACUGUCGUAUUCACGCCAAUGCAAAAAGAGGCGAAGACGAGCACGAAGGACUCGAACACCUCGACUGAUGACGAUAAUAUUGAUAUGCUGGUUAGAAAAAUGAGCUUGAACAGGACUACCGAUUUUGAAGAAGCGUGGCGGCAAUAUCUUCUACUACCGUCCGAUGAGCAAUACAUUUUCCGACCUCAGUUGAUGCUCUAUCUUUCUCCUUCCGACAGGCCCCUCGAUGCUGAGAGAGUGAUAGAUAUUUUUGAAAACUUGGGAGAAGAGCAGAAGACAAAAAGCAUGUACCGACUUGUGGUCAGAUCUUUUUUAAGAAUGCGAAAUCUGGCGGAUGCGAUGCGAUUGCACCACAUGGCUAUCGAGAAGCUCGCAAUACCUGCAGGGUCGGAGGAGCUGCUUGCGUAUCUCUUUGAGAAUGGGUCUUGGACACGCGCUAUGUCUCUCUGGGAGGAUGUCACAAAGGUCGAAGCUCAGCGAUCAAAUCAAGCGUACAACAUAUAUGGAGUUCUUGACGAGCAUCCCAAUUUUGCAACUCAAGUAUUUGAGUUAGUCGAAGAUGUCAAUCGCAGACAGGGCAUUGAGUCUAGUGAUCCGGAGAUGACCUCGAGACUCUUGGAGUUCGCUGCCGAGCUGGUCCAGCGGGCAUUGCUGUCCACUACGGCCUUUAAGCCAUACAAAUUCGGUUCUCUAUUGCAAAUCUUGCAAAAGUGGAAACUUGACAAACCUGUGGUGUACGUGCAAGCGAUGCAUAUGCUUCUGGAUUUGAAUCAAUCUAAGCUGGCAGUACAGUGUUACCGGCAUGCUCGCCGUGAAAAUGCUAGUUUCUCAAGGCAAGCACUCACACAACUGUUAAAGAUAUUCUGCGAUCAUCACAACGUUCUUGGCAUGAAACAAAUUCUGGAUGACUUUUUUCGCAUCUAUGGAAGGCCAAGUUGGUAUGCAUACAAGCUGUGUCUGCAAGAAUUCGCUGCCAAAGGUGAUGCCCGUACUGUUCAUGCCCUCUGGGAGCAGUAUAUCACCCGUUUCACGUCUGACAGCCCAUAUGGGGUUAUGUCUGGGGCAGAUUUCGCACCAAUUCUCCAUGUCCAUGCCACUAGAGGCGAACUACACGAAGUGAUUAAGUGGUUCGGUAAGAUGCAGACGGUUUAUCGCGUACGACCAGUAAUUCUAUGCUGGAACAUUCUCCUGAACGCGUAUGGAAAAGUCCAGGAUUACGAAGGUGCGUACGCUUGUUUCGAGGAGCUACUCAACGACAGCACAUGCCGGCCAACUCAUUGGACUAUUGGUACUAUGAUGGGAAUAUGUACUCAGCAGGGCGAUAUCGAUCGCACUAUCGAGCUUUACAUGCUGGCCGAAAACCUGGGCAUCGAUAAAAGCUUGGCCAUGCUAGAUAAUUUGGUUCUCUGCCACAUCCAAGACGACGACAUUGAACAAGCGGAGAAGAUUUGUGUCCAAGGACUCAGUAUGCAACUGCAAGGAACCAGAACGCGGAUGUGGAAUAACCUUCUGGUUGCUUACGCUCAGCGCCGGGAUUUGAACAACGUGAACCGGGUUCUACAACGCAUGUCUGAGGCUGGUAUUGAUUAUGAUCUCUACACCUAUUCCGCGUUAAUGCAGGCUCUGUGUAUGGUGAAGCAACCAGACCGUGCAUACCAGAUACUCCGAGAAGUCAUGCCUGAAGCUGGUAUCAGGGCCACGAACUUCCAUUACGCUGUUGUUAUGGGUGGCUUUGUUGCCAAUGGCGAGCCGAAGAAAGCUUUCUAUGUGCAAAAUCGUAUGUUGAAGGGAGGACUGAGGGAUUCUGGAAGCACGAAGUUGAUAGCGCUGAAGGCCGGACUUGCCAAGGACGAGAAAAUGUUCAUUGAUGGCACACCUCAGGAAGUGAUGCAAAGAGCGAUGCAAAUGUUCCAAGAUGCCAUGGCGACAAUGGAUACCGAAGACAUUGUAGCCGUCCCGAAAAAAGGUGCCGCUCGAUAUUCCAUGGACGUCGCCUACCCGUCCAUGUUCUAUAGCUAUGUGAUGCAUAUUCUUGCUUCGAGCUCGGACACAGCUUCAGUCGAUCAACUUUAUGCCGAAUUUAUGAGCAUUCUUCCGGAAUCUCGUCAAGAGCACACGCCUCUCCAAGUCAUGUCAGCUCUGAUGUUUGCUAAACUUCGCGACGAAGACCAUAACAGCGUUGAAGAGUGUUGGCGUCUCUCUUUGGCACAGGCAAAGGAGCGGGGACAACCGUUGCCUCCCAUCUCGACUGGAUCCCCAGAGCACCACAGCAACGAACCCCCGCUUUCACCACAUAAAAUUGUGCCAGCUCAUCGAUACGAUAUUUCCAAGCAUGUCUACUUGUACCUGGAUUCUCUAGCUAUGCAGAACAAGAUAACCACCAUGAUCGAAACCGUAGACGGUGUCAUCGAAGACGGUUUCUUCCUCGACAACCGCACCUGGAACCACUACAUCCAACUCCUCUCCCAGAAAUACAGCUACAAGCUAGCUUUCCAACAUUGCGAGCAGAAGCUGAUGGACAACUGGACCGGUUGGCAAAUGAUUCGAUGGCAGGCACCAGUACGCAACCGUCUGCCGUUCGACCUCCGCAAUCUCCGCAAACAAAGCAAACAUCUACGACCGAUCCACAUCACAUUACUCUACCUCGCCCGAUCGCUUCUAGAUAUCCAGUCCAUGGCUGCGGAAUCUAGGUCUACCGAAGUGCUUUUAGAUGAUAUACGACACAGUUGCCCGAAGACGGUGAAGGCGAUUGAGACGAUGCCGCGAACUGAUACUGAGAUUGAGAGACGGAUACUUAGAGAAUGGUAGGAGGUGUUUUAGUAGGGUGUUGUGGGUGUUGUGGGUGUUAGAUCCGUGUGUUGUACUAUACUUGUAUUUCAGAGCGAUUAGAAUUGUACAAUAUGUACAAAUGUAUGAAAUACUCC